CAUAUUCAUUUUUAGUGGGCAGUAGACGAGAAGUACAGUACUGUUCCAUUUUUUUCAUACCGACGUUCCCGUGAAGUGAAAUGCAUUUGUGCAGCACGACCACGCUAGAACUUUACUAAGAUGUGCUCAAACACGUUCGAGACAUCGAAAUACAGGAACCCGUGAAGAAAACUGUAAAUAGGAUCGCACACAUUGCAUACGUUAGGCCUAGGCUGUCAUUUCCAUCUUGUUCGUGUUGUGAACAGAGUUAAGUAAACACAUCCAGGAUGAUCAUCGAGAAUUCGGAGGCAUUAAAGAGUUGGCUCACCAGCUGCUUAGAACAUAUGUGCGAUGCAGAUCCAGCAGCUCUGGCCAAGUACGUGAUGGCUCUCGUAAAGAAGGACAAGAGUGAGAAAGAACUGAAGGACAUUUGUCUGGACCAGUUGGACGUCUUUCUGCAGAAAGAGACAAAGCCCUUCGUUGACAUGCUCUUCGAAACUCUCUCCACCAAGUCGUACCUCCACAGUCGUGGGCCCCGCGCUCCCGUUCAGCAGCCGCCCCAACCUCCGCCGCCCCCGGUGGCAGCACCCCUACCCCCUUUGCCCCCUCACGCGCCCCCCCUGGCAAAGAUUGCCCCCAUCGUGGCCUCACCUCCACCGGCAUUGCCGUCGCACAGGGAAAUACCGCCGGGCAGCGAGGCGUCGGGAAUGCCCGGACAAAUGCCCGAAGCACCCGCUCUCGGUGCCGGAGCGAAGAGCGAAGCAGCUCCUCGCAAGGAGGAAGGGACCGCAGAGGACGAAAAGGACAUAUCACGUAGCGGCCACCGCAAGUCCAGAAGUCGUUCGAGGAGUCCGGUAGGAGGACGAAGCCGAAACAGGACGCGCAGUCGGAGCAGAGAGGAUGAACGCCGAGGCAGUCGACGUUUCUCGGGCGAUCGACGCCGGCGGGCCAACGAUCGCGGCCGCCGCCGCUACGCCGAUGUCGGCGGCCGUCAUCGGGACGGUCGCGGUCGUUGGGGCUCGUCGGACGAGAGGUCGUCCGGACGGUCGGCAGGUGCUCGAGAGAGGUCCCACUCCGGCCGACGUUCCUGGUCCGGGUCGCCGUCACGUUCCGCCUCCCGGUCCCGAUCUCGGUCGCCGCAUAGGUCCCGGAAUCGGUCGAGGGGAGAGAAAGGAGCCGCUGCUGGAAACGACGCAUCCCGUGGUGAAACACGUGGCAGCAACGCACCUCACACGACCACGCCCGGUUCGGCCCCAGCGGCCGAGGCCCCCGUUGCCAAGGGGACGGAAGGAUCUCACGGGGACACGGAUUACAGGCCGGGGGCAGGACAGGCACCCCUAUUGCCCGGCGGAGGCGGUGGGGAUGCCGCUCCCGCCUCGUUCCAUCCCACUCCCAAGAUGUCCAAGCGCUGCAGAGAUUACGACGAGCGUGGGUACUGCAUGCGGGGCGACUAUUGCCCCUUUGACCACGGGAAGGACCCGGUGGUUGUCGAAGACGUGUCCAUGCUCAGGUUUGGCCUCUCUGGUCCACCACCUCCCACAUCGCAACCGGGACCUCCCAUACAGCAAGGUCCGCUUCCCAUGCCGCAUCUGCCCCACACUGGGUUGCCCCCGCCCUUGACUACGAUGGAACCCCCACUGAUGCCCCCUGCUGAACCUUACAAUCCAGAGGCCCCCGGCAUGGAGCGCCCCCUGCGGCUACCACAGGCCCCCCCAUACUGGGGUCAUCCCCCUGUUCGGGGGGCACCGCCCCCAGUGUUUCAUCCCCCCAGGCCACAUCGCGAGCUAAUCGGUGUCCCUACCGUCGGUGGAGCUCCAGCUGAUCUAAGUCAACCUCCUCCUCCCACUCCUGGUCGUACGGUGAUCGACCCCCACCACCUUCCGCCGGGUCUUCCGCCUCCCCCUCCGCCUCCUGGGGCCCCACCCAUGGAAGGGGCAGUCCCCAUGCACGAGGAUCCGUCGAUGCAGGGGAACCCUCCGCGCCCCAUGGCACCUUCCAACAUGAUGGUCGGCAAUGGAAUGCACAUGCGGCAGCACGGAAGGGGGAGUUACAGGGGCCAGCACCACCGUGGCAUGCGGGAGUAUGGGCGUGGCAUGGGACGUGGUGCCAACAGUGCCCACUACGAGCGCUGUGAGCUGGAAGUACGCAAGGUCCCCCGGAACCUCAACAACAUUACUCAACUGAACAACCACUUUUCGCGCUUUGGAAACAUCGUCAACCUCCAGGUGUGCUACGAAGGAGACCCCGAGGCUGCACUGAUUCGUUUUGCCAACCACGCUCAAGCGAACGCGGCGUACCGCUGCACCGAAGCCGUCCUCAACAACCGCUUCAUCAAGGUUUUCUGGCACAACAAGGACCGUCAGAACGAACAGGCCACGACGGCACCCGGCACUCCCCCCACCGGCGGCGCCACCGUCGCCAACGGCAACAGCGCCCCCCAGGCGGAGUCCGCCGCGGCUGCGGCUGCUGCUCCUGCCGCGACGGGUGCAGAUGGGGAAGCGACUAGUACGUCGCCGGGCAAGUCCGUGAAGGAGAGGCUCGGCACUCCAGCAACGUCUGCGCCCCCUGGAGUUGAAAAGUCCGUCGUCUACUCUGCGGCCGCUGGCAACCUCUCCCGCACCGUCUUCAACCCCGCUGCCUUGAAGAAAAAUAAUGUGAUAAACACAGCUGUGCCAAGAAAGACGAAGGAAGAGCAGAAGAAGGAAAUUAUUAAAAAGAAAGUGGAAGUGCAAGGCCAGAGGCAGAAGCUAUUAGAGAAGCACCUCCAGCAGAAUAAGUUGUUGCUUGGGAAACUAGAGAAGUGUAAAACGGACAAGGAGAAGACUCAGAUAAAGCAGACGUUGGAAGCCCUCCGUGUGAUAAUCGAGAAGCUGCGGGUGGACAUCAAGAAGGCGACGAGCGAAAUGAUGGUGAGCCGAACCGCAGCGGGGGGCCAGGCCGCGGCCUCCCGUACGCGCCCUACCGAGGUGCGCAAGGCCUCCGUACUCACGGCGGAACGCGAGCUGCUGGACGCAGAGAUGGACCUGUACAACAAGAUCCACCGUGGGGACGACACCACCGACCUCAAGAAGAAGGUGUACGAGUUGAAGCAGCAGGCCCGUGCACUGGGACUGCUCGGCCAGUGGCGGGGGCGAGGAGGCGCGGCUCGUCGCGGAGGUGCUGUCCUCAGGGGGCGCGGGUUGAUGUCCGCCAGAAGCCGCCUCAACGUCAUCGACCACCGACCGCGGAAGGUCUUUGUCAAGGGCAUGGACGGCGGAGACAAGGAGAACUUGCAAGCGCACUUCGCUCAAUACGGUGAAGUUGAAGGAGUGGAACCUGCGUCCUCGGGGCUAGUGAUUACGUUCAAGACGCGCAAAGAUGCGGAACUGGGUGUCUCCCAAGGUUCAGAGUUCAAGAAUCGGCCUCUGCAAUGGGCGUGGUUCAAAGAGCCUGCAAGAAUGCCCUCAACGGGUGAUGUGUCCGAAACGGCAAAUGUCAACGAUGAUGACUUGGCUGUGGACGAUGAGCACUCCAACCUGCUGCUGGAGGAAGAUCUCCUGCUGGUAGACGACGAGGACGAAGAGGACAGCGAAGCAAGGUCUUGGAGACGAUGACUCUGACGUCGCCCGGAAGUCACUAGCUUGUACAUACGUGUGCCUGCCUCCGUGUUUUUAUACUUGGCCGCUACCAUUUUUGUACACAUCACACAUGUAUACACACACACACUCUAUGCACAAGUUCCACCGCACACCCCUGCACAACCCCUGCUCUUGUGUGAAAAGGUGCCUUCCUUGUCACUCGGUUGGCAUGUGGGGAAUAGACCCCUGGCAACUCGGUUAACGUUGUUAAGUUAACGUUGGGCAGAGCAGAGUGGGCGUAAAAAAACUCGCGCAACAUCAGUGACGUGAAAAGGAAGUAUGUAUAGCCAUGUAUUUGUGGUUGAUUGUCUGCUUUUUUUAUUUGUUUUACCCCCUUUUUUUUUCUUUCUUUCUUUCUUUCUUGAAAGCCAGAAAGGGUGCAGGGGUGUGUGGUGCGCUUGCAAAAAAGAAAAGUGGGAAGGUGCACCGAUAAACAUUUUCUUCUCUUUGCUUGCAAGUCUUAAGAAGUCA